CACGCCGUGCCCCCCAGCGCUGACGAGGUGCUGCUGAGGCCGAGCGGGGCGCAGCUGACCGUGGAGUACCUGGAGGAGAACAGCUUCAGCGUCCCCAUCCUGGUGUCCCGGCACGAGGGGCUGGGCAUGACCCUGCCCCCCCCGGCCUUCACCCCCCGCGACGUCCUGCACCACGUCGGUGAGACUGGGGGGGCUGGGGGGGCCUUGGGGGGGGCGUACGAGCUGCAGCGCCGCCUCAACACCCCCGACCUGGCCAAGUUCCCCAAUUUCGAGACGGUGUGCUGGUACGUGGGGAGGCACCUGCUGGACACCUUCCGAGGUGUCCUGGCAGAGCACGAGCAGGAGAUCCCCGAGACCGUCCGGCCGGGGCAGCUGGUGAAGGAACUGGGCAGGGAGAUCCGGCUGGCCGAGUUACUGGGAAAGACUGAAGGGGGGCUCCCCCGGAAGCUGCCCCGGGCCAAGCCCUGCUCAGACCCCAACCGGGUGCGGGAGCCGGGGGAGGUCGACUUCGACAUCGAGGUGGGUCUGGGGGGUCCUGGGGGGGUCCUGGGGGGGUCUGGGGGGUCCAGGGCAACUCCAUCCAGCGAGGCCCCCGCCUCCCCCAGCACGCGCGAGGCCAUCCAGGGCAUGCUGUGCAUGGCCAACCUCCCCGCGGGGACCCCCCUGGGACCCCCAAACUGGUGGGGAGGGGCCGGGGGAACGGAGAGGGGGGGUCCCGGGGGCUCGGGGGGGCCCCGCAGAGCCCCCCCCGCCCCCCGGAGCACCGACAGCGAGGCCGAGGGGAGCCUGGACGAGCAGGACAGCCUGGGGGCCUGCUUCAAGGAUGCUGAGUAUAUUUAUCCCUCGCUGGAGUCGGACGAGGACGACCCCGCCCUGAAAUCGCUCCCCAAGAAGAAGAAGGUGACGGACGACGCGCCCUGGAGCCCCAAAGCUCGGGUGACGCCGUCGCUGCCCCGGCAGAGCCGCCCGGUGCGGGAGGGGACGCGCGUGGCCUCGGUGGAGACCGGGCUGGCGGCAGCCGCGGCCAAACUGGCCCAGCAGGUGAACUGGGGGAACUGGGAGGGGCUGGUUUGGGGGAAGCGCCCCCGGAAGGGUUUGGCCACAGCCAAGCAGCGCCUGGGCCGGAUCCUGAAAAUCCACCGCAACGGGAAACUGCUGCUCUGAGGGCGGGGCCGGGACACGCCCAGGGGCGGGGCUGGGACACGCCCAGGGGCAGGGCCGCACCGCCCACACCCCCCCAGGCUCCGCCCGCUGCGAUGUGAACAGCGAACUGUGGGCGGGGCUGCUGCAGAAAGGGGCGGGGCCGGCGGGGCCACGCCCAUCAGAAUCCCACUGUUCCUACGAGAAGGGCGUGGUCUUUAGGCCCCGCCCCUCCAGGUCUGGCCCAAUCCGAGGCCACACCCACAACGCGAAUCCCACUGAGACCACGCCCCAUCACAGCCUGAGCCACGCCCCAACACCAUGUAGGGUAAAAGGGGCGUGUCUACAAUAAACCACACCCACAUAGCCACAGACCACACCCUAAAAAGGGUGGAGCUGCAUAUUGGCCCCGCCCACUGCCAUUCCCACAUUCUUAUUGGCUGUGGAUGAGCUGGGGGCGGGGCUUUCUCAUUUCCCGCCUCCAGGAGCUCAGGCGAUUGGAUGAGCCCCGCCCCACAGCUGCGGGAGGGGGCGGAGCCAUCUCUGAUUGGUUCCUGCUGGUUUUUUUUUUGCCCCUCCCCAAAGUGUCUUCAGGUUGAUUGACGGGGCGGGGCCGCUUCCCAUUGGCUGCCCCUGUUUUGUAGGCGUGUCCGGAGGCCGCGGCCCCGCCCCCCUCGUUUUGUAUUUGUAGAAUAAAAAUGAAA